AUGCCUGGAGACCUGAGCUGUGGUGUCACACCGCCCAUGUCCGUGGCCCUCCCCACCGAGACGGAGAAGCGAGCCAGCGAUGCCCUCAUCGAAGAGCUGCGCCGCCAAAAGACGUUUGAGAGUCCAUCCGACACACAAAAGAGGUACAAGGUUCUCGAGUCACUCCAGGCCAUCUGUGACGAAUUCGUCAAGCGCGUGGCCAAAGAAAAGGAACCCAAAAACGACAUGCUCCUCAAGAACGCCCGCGGAAAGGUCUUCACCUACGGAAGCUUUCGCCUCGGCGUCUUUGGGCCUGGCUCCGACAUCGACACCCUCGUCGUCGCCCCCAAGUAUGUCACGCGCGACGAUUAUUUCAAGUACUUCCCCGACCUGCUAGUCGAAAUGGCCCCCAACGGCGCCAUCACCGACCUGACCGUCGUCACCGACGCUUUCGUUCCCAUCAUCAAAUUCGAAUACUCGGGCAUCAGCAUCGACCUAAUCUUUUCCCGCGUCAUACAGAAGCAGUUGUCGCCUAGCUUCCAGGAUCUUAAAGACUCGGGCCUUUUGCGCGGCUUGGAUGAGGCCGAGCUGCGCUCCUUGAACGGCACACGCGUCACGGACGAAAUACUCAACCUGGUUCCAGAACAAAGCACUUUCAAGCUUGCACUGCGGGCCAUCAAGCUGUGGGCUCAGCGUCGCGCCGUCUAUGCAAACAUCAUGGGGUUUCCGGGCGGUGUGGCCUGGGCUAUGCUAGUCGCGCGUGUCUGCCAGCUGUAUCCAAAGGCUGCCACAUCCGUCAUCGUGAACAAGUUUUUUCUUGUCAUGGGCCAGUGGCGAUGGCCACAGCCGGUACUUCUCAAGCCAAUAGAGAGCGGCCCCCUCCCGGUUCGCGUCUGGAACCCCAAGGCCUACAAGGGUGACUCUUUCCAUCUUAUGCCCGUCAUUACCCCAGCAUAUCCGUCCAUGUGUGCGACAUUCAACAUCACGCGAUCUUCCAUGACAAUUAUCAACCGCGAGCUCCAACGCGGCCUGGACUUGACAGAAGGCAUAAUGAUGGGCAAGAGACCAUGGAGCGACCUCUUCGUCAAGCACACAUUCUUCACCGUCGACUACAAGUACUACAUUUCCGUCACAACGGCGAGCAAGGACAAGGAAGCUCAGAAGGUGUGGUCUGGCUAUGUCGAGUCCAAGGUUCGGGUGCUGGUUCAAAAGCUGGAGUUACAUCCGUCCAUAGCGCUGGCACAUGCCUUCAACAAAGGCUACGACCGGCGCCAUCGCUGCAAAAAUGACGAAGAAAUUGCACAAGUGCAGGAAGGCAGUCUCGACUGCUUAACCACAAAGGAUGACGCGGGCCUCGAUACAGCUGAGAAGAAGGCGACGGGAGAAAAUGGAGAACCUGCUCCUUCGACCGAAGUCUUUACCACCACUCACUACAUUGGUCUACAGCUGGUAGAAAAGGCGAAAUCUCUCGAUUUAUCCUAUCAGGUGGACGAAUUUAAAGCACUCUGCACACAGUGGAAGAAAUACGUAGACGAGCUGCACCUCUUGGUCUCCAUUGGCGUUCAGCACGUGCGGAGCGUCAAUCUCCCCGAUGACGUUUUCGAGGCGGGCGAAAAGAAACCUCAAAAGAAGGGUGCUAAGAGCAUCCUGAACAGCAAGAAGCGCGGCCCGUCAGAGGACGUUGUCGGCGACCCGCAGAUGGUGAGCAAAUCCGGUGAUGAAAUCUGCGAAGCCUCGCAAUAUACACGCGAGCCCUAG